AUGGAAUCUCUGCUGCAGCAGUCCCGCGCGGUCUGCCCGUUCCUGAAGAAGACUGCCCCGUCGACCCUGCGUGCGCUCUCCACCACCACCAAGCCUAGCUCCAGCGUUGUCGGGGGUACCAUCACCAACCUCCAGGUCGUAGCCAGGCGCUGUCCCGUCAUGGGCAAGGCUCUCGCUGUCCAGAGCUCUCGUAUUGCCCUAAGGAGCGGCGAGGCGAGGGCCUUUGGCACCUGUCCUCGCUCCGCCGGUGCGGCUGGCCUGGUCAGGGAGAACCUGCGUCGAGGGUCUGGCAAGGCGGUCUGUCCAGAGUUGAGGAAGGGAUUGCAUACCACUUCUUCUCAGGCAGCUGUCGUUGACCCGCAGGCUGGUGGAAAAGUCAGAGGAGUCCCCAUUCCUCCACAAGCCACCGUCAAGCAGCUGAACCGUGCGAAAGAGACCUUUGCUGGCCCCAAGCCGGCCAUCCCAUCCACCACUGCCAAAUUUGACUAUGGGGCUUUUUAUAGAGGCGAGCUGGAUAAGAAGCUCAAGGACAAGUCCUACCGCUACUUCAACAACAUCAACCGCCUGGCCAAGGAGUUCCCCCGGGCUCACAUGGCCUCCCCUGAGGACAGAGUCACCGUCUGGUGUGCCAACGACUAUCUCGGUAUGGGCCGUAACCCGCAUGUGCUGAAGAGCAUGCACGAUACUCUCGACAAGUACGGUGCCGGCGCGGGAGGCACACGUAACAUCUCCGGUCAUAACCAACAUGCCGUUGCACUGGAGAAGACGGUAGCAGACCUCCAUCGAAAGGAGGCUGCCCUGGUCUUUAGUUCUUGCUAUGUUGCUAAUGACGCUACCCUGGCCACUCUCGGCAGCAAGCUUCCUGACUGUGUGAUUCUCUCUGAUAGCCUCAACCAUGCUUCCAUGAUCCAGGGUAUCCGCCAUUCCGGUGCUAAAAAGUACGUCUUCAAGCAUAACGACCUUGAAGACCUGGAGAUGAAACUUGCUGCUCUACCCCCCGGAAUCCCCAAGAUCAUCGCCUUUGAGUCCGUCUACAGCAUGUGCGGCUCCGUUGCACCCAUUGAAGCUAUAUGCGACCUUGCUGAGAAGUACGGUGCCAUCACCUUCCUCGAUGAAGUCCAUGCCGUAGGCAUGUACGGUCCUCAUGGCGCCGGCGUGGCGGAACAUCUUGAUUACGACACCUACGCUGAUCCUGCGGCAGACGUCAGGGGCACUGUCAUGGACCGUAUCGACAUCAUUACUGGCACUCUCGGCAAGGCCUAUGGCUGCGUUGGAGGCUACAUCGCCGGAUCCGCAGACCUUGUCGACACCGUUCGUUCCCUAGCUCCAGGAUUCAUCUUCACCACCUCCUUACCCCCCGCAACCAUGGCUGGCGCCACCACUUCCAUCAAUUACCAAUCCUCCUAUACCCGUGAUCGCACCGUGCAGCAGCUCCACACUAGAGCAGUCAAGUCUGCUCUGGAUGCAAACGACAUCCCCGUCAUCCCGAACCCGUCACACAUCAUCCCCAUCCUCGUCGGAGACGCAGAAGUCGCCAAGAAGGCUUCAGACAUGCUCCUCGAAGACUACGGCAUUUACGUACAGGCAAUCAACUACCCUACCGUCCCACGCGGCGAGGAACGUCUCCGCGUUACACCCACGCCCGGCCACACAAAGGAGUACCGCGACCAUCUUGUCCAGGCUCUCAAGGGCGUCUGGGAACGCCUCGGCAUCCGCAAGACAAGCGACUGGAAAGCAAUCGGUGGCUUCCUGGGCGUGGCUCAGCGCAUGAAGAGAAGAACAUUCCCCUUUGAAGGAUGA